AUGGCGGUCGUUGUCCUUCCGCUAGGUCGAACAGCCAGUCUGGUUUUAACCUUAAUUCUUCUGCUGUGCUGGGGCGACGUUCAGCUAUCGCCCGCGUUCCUCGGCGGCAAUUUUGACCCGAAUCGCACGUUGUUCUCACUGCAGCUGCAGCAGAAGCACCAACAGCGCGGCCGAGCAGAGGCAUGCGUGGAGCAAGGCAGAGCGACUUGCCCUAGUACCGCAACCAGUAGCGCAGCGGGGAUCACGAAAGGACUACCAAAAGUUUGCGGCGACGACGGCACGUACCACGAGACUUACAAAUCGCCGCUGGUGCUUCCGUUACAGGGAUUGACGACCUCGUUGAAUCUCCUUCAAGUUUUGCUCUUCGGGUUCGAAAGCUGCUUUAGCACUGGUUUGCGCGAUUGCGCAUCGCAUCAAGGGAACCAUGGUACUUUUACGCCAACCCUUUCCCGUCCUUCAACCUCAGAAUUGGGUAGCCGAGAAAAAGUGGAGUCGCGGCGGGGAGUGGCGCAGCAGUCGACGGGAGCAGAGCAGAGAAGCCAGAGCGAUCCUGCGAGGAGUCAGGCCGAUGCUGGUAAGGAGAUACCGAACCCGCAGGGAAUUUCUGGAGGGGAAGUAAGUAUGGUUGUGAGCGACGUGACGGUAUCAGAGAAGGUCGCGGAGUCUUCGCUAGAACUCACGGGCUCGGCUAAUAUCGAGGAUUUGGGCCGAAUUGGCGGUGCUGCGCCGGUAGAUGCGGGCGCAACAGCGGCAACCGGCGCGGCGGCGCAAGCGGGGUUAUCAGCAGAAGCCGGCACGCGCGGGGCUAGGCAUAAAGAGGCAACGCUUGGAGCAAGCGGUGCAGGGGAAUCGGGGAAGGUUGGGGAAACCGCAGGGGAAGGAAGAGAAGAGCGCUCCAUAGGGGAGGCAGCGACAACUGGAGAUGCAACAGCGGCGAAACGGGCAGCGGCGGAACGCGGAGCAGCAGAAAGAGCAGCCGCAGAAAGAGGAGUAGCAGAGACAGCAGCCGCAGAGACAGCCGCAGUGGAACCACCAGGAGCCGCCGCUCCAGCGAAAGCAGGGUCGUUUUUUGACGACGAUGACGCGGAACCUGCGCGGCCAGUGCGCGUGAUCCCCCCCGGCCUGGACGCGUACAAGCGGGAAUAUUUCAACAAGCAGAGGGCGGCGGAAGGAAACGAACUUCCCCCGGGGGUGAUUACCGCGGGAGUGCCCAGCCCCCCUUCGGGAGUAGCGUACGCUGGCGCAGUGCCAGGCGCAGCGGGCGGAGCUUCCGCCAGUGUACCCGCGGAUGCGGUUGCUCCCGCGGGGGGCGCGGUCCCUGUGCCUGGCGCUGGUUUUCCGCCCAUGGGAGGCGGGCAGAUGGUAGGCGGUGCAAUGGGAGGGGCGCAAAUGAGGGAAAUGGUUGAUAUGGGGGGGAUUGGCGGAGGGAUGGGGGGGAUGGGCGGAGGGAUGGGCGGAGGGAUGCGCGGGGGAAUGGCAGGCGGAAUGGCGGGCGGAAUGGGUGGUCAACCACCAGAAUGGCCUCGGCGGAGGCAGACGGGCACAGAUAAGAGCCGAUACAACUAUGCCUCCGCGAAUCACGGCGCCAAGAUAGUGGAAUGUAGCAGCGAGGCGAAACGACCCCAGGCUGUUUUAGACGAGGAUAAGGACAAGUAUCUACGCAUCCCGUGCAGUGUAGCGAACAAAUUCCUCGUUAUAGAGCUCUCCGAGUUCUUAGCGCGGAUAGAAACGAUCGUACUCGCAAAUUACGAGUUCUACGCGUCUUCUACUAAGGACUUUGAAGUCUGGGCUAGUAGAAACUACCCCUCGGACCGCUGGCACUUUCUGGGAAACUUCUCAGCGCAGAGCGUGCGGACGCCCCAGGCGUUCGAGGUGACAGGCAGCGGAGAUUUAGGGGAUUCAGUGCGGUACGUAAUGGUGCGGCAGCUGUCGCACCACGGGGCGGAAUUCUUCUGCACGCUGAGUCUGGUGCGAGUGCAUGGGGUGAACGAGCUAGAUGGGCUGAGGGAGGAGAUGGAAGCGAUGACAAGGAUGAUGGGGGCUGGCAGACAGGCCUCUGGUGGGAGCAGUACAGUGGGCGUAGAGGAACGAGAGGUGGGGCACGGGAGUGGGGAGCAGCAAGGCGGUGAGGUAGUUAAGGCACAUGGGGGGGUGGAGGAGCAAGGUGGGUUGAAGCAGCGCGGUACUGAGAGGGAAGGGGAAGGGAGCAGCGAGGGCAGCGGGGGAGGCAGCAGUAAAGUAGUGCCUGAGAAAGGAGUGGAUUCAUUAAGGAGUAUUGGUGGCAGUGGUGGCAGAAGCAACAUCAGUGGUAGAGACAACGUCACGAGCGGUGGUAGCAGCACAGGGAGCAGUGGACGCAGCAACACCACCACAGGGAGCAAUGUGGGUUCGAUUCAGAGUGGGGUGGAAGUUGAGGGGAGGGAAGAGGAGAAGCUGCGGAUAAGUACAGGGGCAAUGGGGACAGGUGACAAUGGGAGUGCUGAGGGGGAGUGUGGUGCGGCUGCAGCAGGUGAAGCGGCUUGGGAUGAGGGGAGGACGGGGGGAGGGCAUGGGGCGGGCAGGUUGGGAGAGGGAGAGAGUGCGAAGCUGGCUGAGAAGGGAGAUGGUGCAGGAUGUGCGUCAGUAGAUGGAGCAGCAGAGCAAAGGGGAGCAGCAGCGGGUGCAGAUGUUUCUUUUGGGUGUGAUGCUGGGGGAGGUGUGGGCAUGAGUGCGGGAGACCGUUCCAAUGUAGAAAGGGCGCAUUCUAAGGCAGGCGUGCGCGUAGGCGCUGGGACAAAUGCUGAAGCAGGCUCUGAAGCAGGCUCUGAAGCAGGCACUGAAGCAGGCGCUGUGGCAGGUAGUGAGGGAGGAGCAGGGGCGGUUAGGCCAAAAGGCAGCGCUUCAGAGCUAGGGAGCAGAGAAGGUUCUGGGGAGCUUCUUUCCUUGGAGGAGGAUAGGACUGGAGCUUCAGGAGGGCGAGAAGCAAAGGGAGGGAGUGGGGUGGAAGGAGGAAGGGAAGGCAAUGGGGCGGAGGAGGAGCAGAGUGAUUCUGGUAGUGAGCCGGCUAGACGAGAGUUUGGGGGAACGAGAGAAGCUGAGGGGAGAGAUUUGAAGUUGUUGGGUAGGGGAUUAGGUUCGGAUGAGGCUAGACAUGUGGCAGGGGAGAAGGGGGAGAAUGGGGGGGAUGUGGGAGGAGGAGCAAGCGAGGAAGCGGAGGGUGUGGAGGGCGGUAAUGGUAGAGGCGAGGCAGAGGCUAAGGUGGAGGCAGCGGCAGCUCAGUUGGCCAAGGGAGAAGCCAGCAGUGUGUCUUGUGGAGGCAGCUCAGUUGCUGCUGCUUCUGAAAAGCUGAAAGGUCAAGCUGGCCCUGGAGAAGCAAAUGGUGAAGGUGCCACUGGGAAGGCGGAAGGUCAAGCUUUCACUGCUAGUGCGGCUGGCAGUGAGGCAAGUGCUGCGUCUGCUUCUUCCUCCCCCUCUGCUCCCUCCAUGCCAUCUGCUCCCACGCCCUCUCAUCAGGGAUCUUCCCCUGGGACUGGUUCAUCUAGUGGGGCAGGUGCGCUGGGAGAAGGAGGUUUGGAUGAUAUGGAAGGUUCGGGUGAAAAGGCAGGUGCAAAUGGGAAGGCAGGAGUUCGUGAAAUGGAGGCAGGAGAAGCAAAGAUGGAUGGGGAGAGUGGAGGGGAGGGAGAGGGAGUGAACAGGAAUAUGGUGGAGGGUGGAGGGGGAGGCAGGCUGGAAGCUGCUCCUUCAGGUGGUUUAUCAGGUGGUUUAUCAGACAAGGAAGAGAGCAUCCAGGAGAAACCACCAGUGACAGGUGUGGUGCUGGGGUCACCGUCGGCAGCAGCAGAUGGUCAGCAGAAAGGGUUCUCUGAUCCGGGCGGCAAUAAAAUCCAAGAAACUCGGGAAUCGAGAUCUAUGACGGGCGAUGAGCGCAGCUCAGAAGGUAGCAGUUUAGCAGGCAACAGGAACACAGUAACGAAUGGUGGAUAUCCCACUAACGGGGAUGGUAUAUCGUCGCAACCAAACAUCACAGGAAAGGUGCCUGGGACCGGCAGUGAGGCUGAGGUGGGGAGCAGCAGCAGCACCACCACCACCACCACUCCCACGAUCACCAGCAGCACCAGCAGCGGGGGAGGAGGUGAUGCUAGUAGCACAACAGGCAAUAACGAGACGGAUACCAUUGCAAUGCCCGCCAGUGGGACACCCACUGACUCGACAGCCAGCAGUGCAUUAGGCAAUAACGGAGCCCUCACUAGUGGAGCUCAGGUGGUCUCCAGUACCAGCAGCACGUUCAGCAUCAGCAGCAGCGGCAGCAGCUUUGCCGGCGCUGCCAGCAACCUGUACGGGCUCAAGUCGCUGAUGCACAUGGUGAGGCUGUGGGAGGACAAGCAGGCGGUGCUGGAGCAGUAUGUUGAAGACAUGGCGGCCUCGUAUGCGGCUAAUCUCGCUUCUACAGAUGCUGAGCUUCUGUCGCUGCGCACGCGAUUGCGGAAUGCAACGGUUACCAUUGCAGGGCUGCAGGCGCAGCUGCAGAAUGCAGAGCGUCGGCAUGAAAAAGAGCUGGAGGGAAUUCGUAAGGAUGUUUCGGAACAAGUGGAGAGCCUUCGACAAAGCAUAAUCAGUGCCAGAGGGGUCUCUUCAGAACUAUCAAGAAGAUUAGAAGAUAUGCUUUGGCUGGCUGUAUUAGUUGCCACCGUAGCGGGCGUCUUAGGCUUUGGCGCACUGUCGCCGAUUGUCUUCCGACGUACGUCGGCGGGCGCGUUUGACGAAGCACGUCGACAUGGCAGCGUUUGCUUACCAGCCAUGUUCUCAUCCCUCGUGCUCACUCGUGCGCUCAGGUUCGCUUGGUUUGACAUUGGGCGGGACGACCUGCGGUUGUGGGUGCUGGGGAUCGGCCCGCUUCGAUCGGCCAUGAAAGCCGCCGACCAUUCUUGCUUUGCUAAGGCUUUCGACGCCGACAUCGCCGCUAUCCCGCUGAAAUCGACCGGCGGCCCGCUUCCAGGGUCACACUGCAGCGUCAUAGCCAUCCUCUACCCAGGAGAUGUGCUGAAGGCUGAGGGACAGGUCUGCAGGACAUCGAUCCGGCACAUCGACCCGCACACCGGAAAGGGGAAGCACCGCGACGAGGCCGUCCGCGUCCUGAAGCUAUUCCGCACGGCUGCCCUGGCCGAGCUGGGGCGUCCCGGUAGGAAGUGGGACGGGGCGCCGCCAUCACAAGCAGUGGUGGAGGAAAGGCUUGCCGACUGCGACGACCCUAUCCGCGACAAAGUGCCGGGCACAGUGUCGGACGGGCAUGUCGGCACCGGCAUGCUUGCCGCGACGUCGUUCGGGUGGGUGGCCAAGCAGAUCGGCCUGCUGACGGGCGACAAGGCUCGGAGCGCUGUGAGCAUCGAGAACAUCAAGGUCGCGGGUUUGAGGUCGCUCCGUGAUAGCAUGGUCGAUUACAUCUGCCAUCGUGUCGCCGAAAACCGGAUAGCGGCGCCGACUUCAGGCGCCGACGGACCCGCCGAGGGUGCGAUUGAUGACGACGGCGCGGAAAGUCAGACGGCGCCCCAAGCAGCAGCUGCCGCCCAGCGCCAGGAGGACUUGCCGGUGUCCGCGGAAGGAGGAACCGGUGGAGGACUAGGCGACGAUGCGGCAGGCGCAGGGAGGAAGGAAGAGGAGUUGACGGACUCUGGCUCAGAGUCGGAGUCGGAGGGGGAGGAGGAGGACGAAGGGGAGAAGGAGAAUGAGGACGAGGAGGAUGACGAGGGCAAGGACGAGAACGAUGAGGUGGUGGAGGUGGUGGCCGGGAAGGAUGAGGCGGCGCACGAGGAAGGGGUGGAGGAGGAGGUGGAGUACGAGCUGGAGUACGCAGACGGCACGGUUGAGGCGGUGGGGUCGGCGGACGAGAAGAACGAGGAAGCGGAGGAUGGCGAUGCGGGUAAUGCUACGGGGUCGGCAGGUGAGGGGAAGGAAAAGGAUGAGGUCGGCGUGGAGGCAACGACGGAAACGGGCCAGGAGGAGGCGGCAUGCGAAGGUGCGAAGGUGUCGGUCGACGCCGGCGAAGGUGCGAACAUCGCGGGCGUGCAGGAGACGGGGGACGCAUCUGGUCGGCAGGGCCCUGCAACGGACGACGUCGAGGAGCUGCGACGGGAGAACUUGCUGUUGAGGGCGGAGAACGCUCGGCUGCAGGGUUUGCUCGAUGCGGAACGGGCUCGGCUGGACGCGUUUUUUGUUGGGCUACGUGGACUCGUCGACCACCUGAAGGAGUUGGCCGAGCAGGUCGACGACACCGAGAAGUAUGCGGCGGAACAGCUGCGAAACGCGGCGGAGGCCAUGUCGCAGACCAUCACGGGCAACAUCACCGGCAGCUUCGACGAGGCGUGGAAGACGAUGAAGACCUUCGCGGAACAGGCGUCGGCGUGGCUGGAGGACUUCGACAACCCGGAGGGAAAUGUGGCGUAUCAACGCGCCUUAGCGGUCACCACCUUGGCCGACCACGUCGACAAGGUGGUGGGCGAUGCGCAGGAGGAUUUGCGGGAGCACAUCACGAGCCAGUUGUCCGCCGCAGCUGUCAACAUCGCCACAGCUGUGACCGGCAGGCUCCCCGUGCAGCCGCCGCCACCGCCUCAGCCCACGCCGCCCGCCCUCCCGGAAGAGCUCUUGAAGUCGUUCAAGGCCGACAUCAUGAAGACGGUGACGGAGGCCACCGAGCAGUCGUUCGUUGCGUCCGGGAUGAAGAUGUUGACCGAGAUGAUCGGCACGGUGGCGCCUGGUCGACGUGGGUCGUCGCCUUCGGCCAAUGACGCCGACGCCGCGCAACAGAGGGCGGCCGACAAGCAAGGCCUGAAGAGGUCGGGCGACGGUGACGACAAGGAGAGCUCGAAGCGGAGCAAGGGAUCGGACGGGAGCCGCGUCACGAAGCCUCCUGCGCGGAGCGUGGUCGACAUGCUGAAGGCGAAGGGGUGGAAGGUGAGGGGAGGGUCGACCAGCAAGGGAAGCGGAAGCGGGGGGGCGGACGGGAGACCUGCCGACGGGAUCGCGGCUAACGUCGAUGCACCGCCUGGCCCGCCUUUGGACGCCGAGCAGACCCAUCCUCAGGCGAGCGGUGGGAAGGACGCGGCCCCCACUGCCCAGGCGGCGAAAGUCGGAGGCGCCGGAACCACCCAGGGGCCGUCUGACGCGGUGCCGGCCAAGGGCAAGGCGAUGUCUGCGUCUGCUACGGUCGCCGGAACCGGCACGGCGAAGGCUGCCUCUGCUUCAGUCCCCGGAACCGGCAAGUCGAAGGCUGCUUCUGCUACGGUCGCCGGAAGCACCAAGUCGAAGGCUGCUUCUGGUACGGUCGCCGGAACCACCAAGUCGACACCAUGUAACCCGCCUGCGGCAACCACCGGGCCCGCCGGCCAGUCAGGUGCGGGGAAGCAUGGGGAGGCCCGUGCGGCCCCUCCAGCUCCAGCAGCCCCUACUGCCGCCAAGGUCGACGCGAAGGCUGCUUCGGCACAGGGGCCACCCGGGAGUAACGCGCUUAGGGUGUUGCUCCACCGCAUGGAGUCCCACCGCCCGGGCGCGCAGCAGCAUCCUGUGGUCGACGCCGGCCUCGCAGAAACAGCACGUCGCUCCGUCACUCCGCACGUUGCCGGCAAACCGUCCGAUGCCCAAUCUGCCGCGCGGCCGGUCGCCGCCCCACCGCCUGCGGACCCCAAGUCCGCGUUUCUUCGCGCCCAUAUAGGCGCACGCAAAGCGGCAGCUCCACCAGUCACUCAGCCGGAACCCGGCACAAGCGCGACGCCGACGGCUGUAAAUGCGACCGCACCCUCCCCAGGAGCAGCUGUGGUCGAUCUGGCGGCGGAGAGGGGAGUCAGUGCAGCGCUAGCCACCGGCGGCCGCGCCGACAGGCAUGCCGCCCUCGAAUCCGUCCUGGCCCAGUUUGAGGUGGCAAAAUGGCCCGAGCAUGCCCCGGCACUGGCCAUCGUGGACACGGCGCAUGCGGAGCCGUCGGCGACCAACACAGGGGGUUCGGCGGAGCCGACGGCCGCAACGGGUGUUGUCGCCGAGGGAAAUGCGGGACGGAAGGGUAAGGACGACACCGGGAAAGGGAAGGCGGUGUCGGCGGGGAAGGAGAUGGCGGAAGACAAAGGGAAGAAGCCGGCACGGAAGACGGGCGGCAAGGGUAAGUCGGCAAAGAAGAAGGAGGAGGAGGAGAAGGAGGAGGAGGAGGAGGAGGAGGUGGGGGAGGGGGAAGAGCAUGGACGCCGGGGUCAUGGCAUCCGCCGAGACAGGUCUGGCGACGGGCAGGGGUGGGUGGGCGAGAUGAAGUUCAAGAACCAGAAUCGGUACAUCGGCAAGUCCCGCGACAAGAUGGAGCUGGCCUACGAGCACGCGAUUGCGUACUUCGUCUACGACGGCUACGUGAGCAAGGUGCUCAUGAAGGAGCUCACCGCCUUGAAGCCGGGAGAGUUGGAUGAAUGGAAGGCGGUGUGGGAGGAGGUCAAAAUCCUGCCGACCGGGAUGUGGACGGUGAUGUGGGCCAGAGGCUUGUGCCAUCCGAGAGCAAGGUUCGACGACAUACUCGGCAGGUUCCGUGGGUACGCAGGUUCGGGUGAUGCGCUUCAUGGCGUGCUCUGGCCGGCGAUGUGGUUCCCCAUCAUCGAGGACACGGAGGAAGGCAGGGCGGAGACAAAUGCCAACAUGUCGGCGAUGGUGAAUCGCGUGUCGAUGUGCGCGGCGUAUGGAAAGGUCGCGGCGAGAGUCGCGUAUGGGAAGGUCGACGGGAGCGCGGAGGCGACCGCGGGAGAGACGACGGAUAUGGAAGGCGCGGACAGGAAGGCGGACGAGAAGGUGCAGAUGGGGGCCCAGGCGUUAGCGGCCUCUGCAUGCGCCCUCUGGUGCUACAUGUCGACGCCGGCGUCGGUGCUCGGUGCUGUGGGCGAAGGUAAGGCGGCCGCGAUUCUGGCAGGUGCGGGGAAGGAGAGGGGCGAGCACUUCGCGAUGGUCAUGCACGUGGUUAUCGAACACGCACGCACUCGGCAGGCUCCCGCGGGGGAGGUUGCACAUAACGUCGCGCCAGAGCUGCAGCGCUAUGGAGUGGCCAGGGCCUUCGAGGCGGGCAUUGAGGAAGACGAGGCCGACAUGAUCGCAAGAGCGACGGUCGAGACCUUGGCGUUCUGGGGAAUGUGCCCCCUCGACGGGCCCAAGCUCAAAGCGGAGGGCAUCGAUGUGCCGUGUGACGCGAAGAUGGAGUACGACUUGGAUCACAGGGGGAGGAAGGGGGAGAAGGUCAAGCAGGCCAAGGGCAGCAAGAGGAAGAGGUAG